GAAAAAAGUGCGACAAAUGUUCAAUCUUUGCGAUACUUUCGACGGCACCGACACCUUAAACGUAAAUUCUUUUAUAUUCAAUUUGUCGAUAUCGAUAGGCGGUGCCGUUCAGCACAAUACGGGUAUCGAUGAUAUUUGUCGCACAAUGAAUGACUCGAGUGGUGGCACUCCGUUGCAAAGGUAUGCCAAAGUCCACGGUUUUCCAGGUGGUGAUGAUUGCAUUGAUGUCAAGUUCACUGACCUGGUUAAGUCAUAUAAUGAUACUACUAAGGGAUUCGUUGGGGUAAAACAAUGGACUUAUCAGAUGUGCACUGAAUUCGGAUUCUUCUGGACAACCGAUUUGAAGGACUGUCUGUUUGGACACAACAUUCCCCUCCACUUCUACAUCCAAAUAUGUAACGACUUGUUUGGGCCGCAAAUCACUGUCCAAACCAUACAGAAAGCGGUGGACACCACUAACACCUACUACGGGGGCCGUCAGCCCAAUGUGACAAAUGUGGUCUUCCCUAACGGCUCACUGGAUCCGUAUCACGCCAUGAGUGUACUCCACGACCUCAACAACAGCACCAAAGCGGUGGUCAUCUCAGGUCACGCCCACGGAGAUGACAUGAUCUACUCGGCCAAUGAGACUCAGAGCUUAAGGGAUGCCCACAAUUUAAUUACAAAUGAAUUGCAAGAAUAUCUGAAAUAAUUGUAUUGUUUGAUAGCAUUAUACAUAAUAAACAUAUUUAUUACGAG